AUGGUCCCUGUGUGUGAAAGUCGCUCAGUCAUGUCUGACUCUGCAAUCCCAUGGACUAGCCUGCCAGGCUUCUCUGUCCAUGGAAGUCUCCAGGCAAGUAUCCUGGAGUGGGUUGCCGUGCCCGUCUCAGGGGAUCUUCCUGAUCCAGGGAUCGAACCUGGGUCUCCUGCACGGCAGGCAGAUUCUUUACCAUCUGAGCCACCGGGGAAGAUGAUCCUUAAUCCUUUCUAUCCCAGUAUUCGCAUAGCAGAUCUCUGGAGGUCUCUGAUUGGUCCUGCUCGGGUCACACGACCAGCCUCAGUUUAG